ACACAAGCUAGCAAUUGAAAAAAAAAACAGGCAAGGAAAAUGGCUCCGACCGCCGCCAAGGACAGUGGCUCCGCCGAUCGCUGGCGCGAGGUGCAGGCGUUCGAGGACAGCAAGCUGGGUGUGAAGGGCCUGGUCGACUCCGGCGUCAAGUCCAUCCCGGCCAUGUUCCACCACCCGCCGGAGUCCCUCAAGGAUGUCAUUUCUCCACCAGCUCUGCCCUCCUCCGACGAUGCGCCGGCCAUCCCAGUGGUGGACCUGUCCGUGGCGCGGCGCGAGGAUCUGGUGGCCCAGGUGAAGCACGCGGCCGGGACGGUGGGCUUCUUCUGGGUGGUGAACCACGGCGUGCCGGAGGAGCUGAUGGCCAGCAUGCUCAGCGGGGUGCGCCAGUUCAACGAGGGCUCUCUGGAGGCCAAGCAGGCGCUCUACUCACGGGACCCCGCUCGCAACGUGCGCUUCGCUUCCAACUUCGACCUCUUCGAGUCCGCGGCGGCCGACUGGCGCGACACGCUCUACUGCAAGAUUGCGCCGGAUCCGGCGCCGCGGGAGCUCGUGCCGGAGCCUCUCCGGAACGUGAUGAUGGAAUACGGCGAGGAACUGACGAAGCUGGCGCGGUCCAUGUUCGAGCUGCUGUCGGAGUCCCUCGGCAUGCCCAGCGACCACCUGCACAAGAUGGAGUGCAUGCAGCAGCUCCACAUCGUGUGCCAGUACUACCCGCCAUGCCCGGAGCCGCACCUCACCAUCGGCGUCAGGAAGCACUCGGACACCGGUUUCUUCACCAUCCUCCUGCAGGACGGCAUGGGCGGCCUGCAGGUGCUAGUCGAUCGCGGAGGCGGCCGCCAGACGUGGGUGGACGUCACUCCCCGACCUGGGGCACUCAUGGUCAACAUGGGCAGCUUUCUUCAGCUUGUGACGAAUGACCGGUACAAGAGCGUGGAUCACCGGGUGCCGGCUAACAAGAGCAGUGACACGGCGAGGGUCUCGGUAGCUGCCUUCUUCAACCCCGACGAGAAGAGAACCGAGAGGCUGUAUGGCCCCAUUCCAGACCCCAGCAAGCCUCCGCUGUACAGGAGCGUCACGUUCCCGGACUUCAUCGCCAAGUUCAACAGCAUCGGACUGGACGGUCGCGUGCUCGACCACUUCCGGUUGGAGGACGACGGCCCUACUCGUCUUGCUGCUCCUGCACACCACGUCUAGUCUUGUUUUCGUUCGAUCGAACAAACAGUUCUCGUCGUCGUCUCUUUUAUUUUUCCUGCAAUCUGAAUUUCGAGUUCUCCAAAUAAAUAAGGGUAUCCAUUCCCUUCAUCCGCAGAGCGCGCGGAUGCCUUCACUAGCAGCUCUAGUUUUGCUAUGUAUAUAGCUGUGUGUGUGGUACCUUUGUGACUCAUAUAUUAUGCAAUAAAGUAUGCUUUCUCCU